CAAGAAUAUUCCGGGACAUCGGGACAAGAAUUUUUAGAUGUCUGUUUUUUUUGACAAAAAGGCAACAAGAGCAGAGAAGCGAAAGAAAUGAAGCAGGCAUUAAUUUGAUUAAGUCGUACAAUUACUUUCCAUGGAUCAGUUAAUUUUUUGUCAAUGUUAAAUUAAUAUGGCUGAGAAUAGUGGUGGCGAUUCUUUAGAAGAUGCUGAGCUGAGUAGUAUAAAUAAUCUAACAGUACACCGUUCUUCAUCUGGAUCAUCAGAUACACUACAAUCUGCCUCGAUGUUGCCAUGGCAACGGGGUCAGUUAGCUGCUACAAGCACUCAGUUUGAUCUCCCUUUGUUAAAAAGUGUGGAAGAAAUUAAUCCUGGAGAAUAUGUACUGCAAACAUUGUUUAGUGAAUUUACUCAUUUGGCCGAAAAAAAGAUUGACAGAUUAAUGAAGGAGUCAUUUGAACGACCUUUGUCAAAGUCACUACAACGUGGAGAAGAUCCCCAAUUUGACCAGCUUUUGAGCUCUCUAAGCUCUGUUGCUGAGCACUGUUUAUCAUCUCUCUUGAAGACUUUGUUUAUGUGGUAUGAGAGACAGAGUAGAGCAGAUGAUGGAGGACAAAAAAGCCCUAGCAGAAUUAAGAGUGGUUCGGAAUCUCCACGACCAGGGUCAAGAGCUUCAUUUCGAGAAAAAGACUUUUUGUGGGAGAGACGUGAUUUGGCAGUGGAAUUUAUCUUUUGUCUGGUGCUUAUUGAAGUUUUAAAACAGCUUUCUGUUCAUCCUGUUGAUGACUCACUAAUCCAAUACAUUGAAAAUCUUGCAUUUAAACAUUUCAAAGAAAACCUUCCAAACACUACUUCUCCUGUUACAGCUAACCAGACAAUAAUUACUGCGUUAUAUGCUGAAGUGAUUGGUGUUCUUGCACAAACCAGAUUUCAGUCAAUUCGAAAAAGGUUUAUGCAAGAGUACAAGGAGAAUGUGGGGAACACACAAGUUUUGUUAAAUAUCAUUGUUGGCUUAAAGUACAUACGUAUAAAGCUUUAUCCUGUUGAUGAGGUGGAAGAAUCGUUUCUAUUUCUUCAGGAAUGUGCUGGGUUAUUUUAUGAAAAAAGCACUGACAAGGACAAGGUCAAGGUCAAGUAUGCAUUUGCAAGCUUGUUUGUGGAAAUUCUGAUCCCAGUGGCAGCCACAGCAAAAAGAGAGUACAGUAUACCAGCUGUUAAAAAGUUUGUCGACCUUUUAUAUAAAGAAGUAUUUGAUAUGUCGAAGAAAGCGAAACACAGCAUGGCUAUGUAUCCAUUGGUUACAGCUUUAUUGUGUAUCAGCCAAAAGCAGUUCUUCUUGACUAACUGGGGAGGGUUUUUAAACAUGUGCUUAAAUUCUAUAAAGUCUCGCGAUGUUAAGAUGCAAAGAAUGGCAAUGGAAUGUUUGUACCGCUUAUUAUGGGUUUAUAUCAUCCGAAUAAAAUGUGAAUCUCACAGCCUAACAAGCAAUCGCCUGAGAAGUAUUGUCGAUACCUUGUUUCCAAAGAAUUCCAGAUCGAUAAUACCUCGAAACAUCCCUCUGACAAUAUUUGUAAAGAUAAUUCAAUUUAUUGCUCAGGAGAAGCUUGAUUUUGCUAUGCAAGAUAUUAUCUUUGAUUUAUUAAAUGUUGGCAAAAGCGUGAGACAGUUGAAUCCUGAAAGAAUGAAUAUUGGAUUGAGAGCAUUUCUUGUUAUUGCUGAUAAUUUACAAAGAAAAGAAGGUUCACCUCCAAUGCCCAGUACAAUUGGUCAACUACCUUCAGGGAAUACACUGAAAGUGAAAAAGACCUUCACUAAAUUAACAGAAGAAGCUGCUCGAAAUAUUGGUGUGGUGACUUAUUAUACCAGUGUACGGAGGGCGUUGGAUAACAUUUUAAAGACACUAGACACUCAAGUGGGUAAAUCUAUGACUCUGAUUAAUCCUCAAAUGGUAAACAAAGAAGCUAAUGAUAUGAUAACGGGAGAAAGAAAAUCAAAGAUAGAUUUGUUUCGAACUUGUGUUGCUGCCAUACCAAAGUGUAUACCAGAUGGUAUGAGUAAGAACGAGCUGGUGGAGUUAGUUUCCAGGCUAACGUUACAUGUUGACGAAGAACUGCGUAACUUAGCCUUUGCAGCGCUACAGGGACUUAUUGUUGAUUUUCCUGAGUACAGAAAAGACAUCGUUGAUGGAUAUAUUGACUUCUCGUUGAAAGAAGUGCAGGAUGUGUUUCCUAAUAUCAUCGAGAACGCUAUUAGAAUGCUGGCACAAAUGUUGAUUCAGUGGAGAAAUGCAGUGGUACAACCGGUUGCCCCAGUUACUGAUAAAUACCUUGAAAUGUCGAUGCACUGUUCUAAAACUGCUGAUAAUAAGGAAGUACAUUCUGUGCAUACUUUACAUGCUGUUGAAGGAUUCGCACUGGCGAUGUUGUGCAGUAUAAAAGCAAUGCACAGAAAGCUGGCUCUCACCUUAUUAAAGGAACUACGACUGCUAUACAAAACGCUUUAUCCUGAUGGAAAGGAGGAAAGAGCUAUUGAUGUUAUCGAAGAUAACGCAGCCUUAGUAAUUGAGAGAGCACUUGUUUAUGUGUCAGGCUCAGACAAAUCGUCCUUAGGGUUGUCACCGCAAAUGGACCUUUAUUUGCUGGCUGAAAAAUCAGCCCUGUUGGCCGAGAAGCAGAAAGACAACAUUUCGAAUUGCAUAAGCAGAGACCUGUGGUCUCAUUGUCUUGCAGGUUUCCUAGAUAAGAUCUUCUCACAUGUUCGCCAUUGUAGUUGCAGCUUUCAAUUUACGUGGCCCCACAUAAACAAUCGGUUGUUUACCAUCUAUUCUCUAAUUGAUCCGAGUGCCGAUUUCGAUUCUAUUAAAAGUCGAACUAUCAUUUCCUUUAAAGCUCCGCGCACACAAGCUAACAUUUCAGAUUUGUGUUUAUGGAGGAACUAUCUCAUCUUUUUAUGUUGUACACCUCCGACAAGUGUACUGUCGCCUCAAACGAACACUCUUUUACCGGUUGUCAAUGAUGCCGAAAUCAAAACAGAAGUGAAUAAAUUAUCGCCAGAUUUUCCUCGCUUAUCUGACGUAUUUCGAAUUGCCAUUAUGCUGAUUCGAAGUGAAAGUUACGAGAUCAGAGAAGCAGCUGUGACUGGACUUGGAAAAACGAAUGCCCUGGCACAUUCGCAGUUAAUCGAAGAACUACAACCGUUAAUGCGAGAAGUUUUGGACCGAAAAGCGGAAGGUGUACGAAAAAAACGCAAGCGAGAUCUGUUACGAUUGCAAGUUGCGAGAAUAUUCGCGGCGAAUGCCGAACAAGGGUGUUUUCGACACAGUCUUGCUCAAGCAGACAAUAACAACAUUUUGGUAUGUCUUGGAGAAUACAUCGAAGGGAUGAGAACUAUACUGGAAUCAGAGAACGAGAAAGAGGAUGCUGCGUUGAUGCAACUUCGUUUGUACUUCUCCAAGUUUUUACACAAAAUGAUCAAAAGUAUACCCACUGUGAUGCAAGGCACCUUACUUCGAAAUCAGGGUAGGCAUCAUUUAUUUUUGCUGUUAGCAAGCUGGUGCGGUCACUUCAAUGUGAACAGUAUGGGAACAAGCACGAAAUCAGGCCACCAUAGCGUGGAACUGGAACUGUCUGCUUUGGAAGCGAUGUGUGCUUUGUUGUGUUGUGGUCAAGUGUUCGAUCAGAAAGCGCUAACCGUAUCCAACGGUUACCUGUAUAAACUGCUUGAUACAAUGCUUGUGUCAACCAAUGUGAAAGUAAAUAAAUUAGGUCAGGAAACUGUUGAGCUUUUGUUGGAAAACAAUGAAAGUAUACCAGCUUUGUUAAACUUUGUCGUGGAUCGAUGUUACACUGGAGAUAGAGGAAUUUCAAAUGGUUGCUUUCUGGCACUUGCUAAUGUGUUCAGUAAAAGACCAUACGCAUGCCAGUUGAUCCCAUUGUUAUGUGUGGUGUUGUUUAAAACUGGUGAUCCUAGUCCUGAAAUUCGUGAGAAAGCAGCACAACUUAUUUGCAUAUUAGACAGGAGGUUUUUUGGUUACAUGGUACCCUUCAGAUCAGCAACUGCUGCAUAUGCAUAUGGAAACCAGGCGUUCUCUAUGCAGCUUGCGUUUACCCAUCCAGAAUUGACGUUAGCCUUGUUGUCAGAAAUGACGUUAAGAUUUGAAAGCGCCACCAUGGUGGGUCAGCGGUGUCUGCUGCAAUAUUUAGUUCCAUGGUUAAAGAACGUCGAAUUAGUUGAUAUUUCUGAGGGUAACACACCAAAUGCUGCAGAAUUUGAGCUGGAUGAUUAUAACAUACCUGAGAACAGUCGGCAAUUGAAACCCGUCUCCUUACACGGUGAAGGAUGGGGUUCCGUAAUGGCGUCGCAGCUUGUUUUAAAUAAUCUGUUUUAUCUUACUGCCAAGUAUGAAGAAUAUUACAGCAAGGAGAUUGAAGAAUGUUGGUCAGCUUUAUGUUCACGCUGGGAAAGAAAUGUCUCUCACAUUUUAGACUAUCUUAUUGUGAUGGCUGGUCUGUGUGGAACAACAGUUUUAAUACACGCGAAGAAGGUCGCUGUUUUUAUCGCAAGGGCGAAAACAGAGAUGGCGAUAAUUGAACUUACUGAAGAGUUAAAACUGACUGAUAUCGUGACCAAUUUUUGGGAUCGUCUUGACUCUCCACCCUACUUUAAAAAUUUAAACAAAUGCCAGUCGCCUCCUACAAACCGAUCAGCUUCUGAGGAAGUGUCGCCAAUAAAACACGUAGCUGCAGAUAGCGAAACAGAUAAUCGCAGCGAAUCUCCAGCGCUUGGAUUGAACAGCCGAACAAGUGUUGAACGCUCCUCCUGUGGUUCCGCGAAAGCUUUUGCUGAAACUGUGUUGGAGUCAGCGAAAGCAAGUCAAAAAGCCGAACAGAUCGAACAAAAGAAAAACGAGACUGGCUCGUCAGAAUUAUGGAUGCUUCAGUGGGCAAUAAAAGCACAACAAAUGCAGGGGGUCGGUUUACCUCUGCCUAUGCCAUAUGAACUGCUAUAUUUUGCACCAAUUAUUCAAGUUUUUCCAGUGACCACACCCCCUGCUCAGUUAUACAGGUGCAAUUUUUCACUGAUGCUUCUGGCUGAAAUUGUUUCAGAUAGGCGAGACAUUUCGUGGAUACAGUAUUUGCCUUUGUUACUUCAUGUCAGCUUUUUAGGUUUAGACCAUGCCAAGCCUCUUGUACAUGAAAACUGCAAACGUCUUAUCAUCAACCUACUGGUGGUUUUGGUCUGCGAUGGAGAUCGGUCUACCAUCGCAAAAGCUCUAAUGGAUUUUCAAACAGUAUCGUGUACAGCCUUAAAUCGUACAGCCAGUGUACGAAGUACAACUGUAAACAACGACGAUGGAGGGAAUAGCGAAGAGGAUUCCCUGGGAAAGGAAGAGGAGGGUAAUCUUAUCGCUCAAGCGGAUGUAGAUGGGCCAGAGCUGGAAGAGAGAGGAUUAAGCAUAGAUGAACGCGCAAGGGAAGUCAUUGAAUACUUGGCUAAGAGUGAUUGCAAGCCUCUAUGGGCUUUCGAAGACAUUACUCCUCGUAAUGGAACGAUCAAAAGUGCAGACCAGCUGGAAUCAUUCCUUCAAAUAAUAAUGUCGCUGUUCGAUGAUGCGCUACCACACGCCUUGUUACCUGGUCGUUGGGGAAGGGAAGCACUGCAUUGGGCGACAUCUUGCUCUUCUCGUCAUUAUGCAGGACGCUCUUUUCAAAUCUUUCGAUCGCUGAAAGUUCCAUUGUCGUGGCCUAUGUUGUCGGAUAUUCUACAACGUUUAGUCGAGUCUGUCGCCGACAACAGUGACGACGUGCAAGGAUAUUUCAUGGAAAUUUUGAUGACUUUUUUGUCUGAAGUUGAUUAUGCUUUUAAAGAGCGACCGAAGUCUGUGCUGGAGAAGGUUAUUGUUGAUGAAGCAGCCACAAAACGGAGUGGUAGCUUGCAGGAUAUACAUAACGAAGGUGACAUGGAAGUCGAGCAGCAGGUGUACGACCUUAACUUCAGCGAUAACCAGCACAUGCGCUCGCAAAGCAUUGAUAUUGACUUGAGAGGACAUCGAAUGAGGUCGUCAAGUGACGGAAAGAAAAAAGAUCGGCGUCGGUAUGGUAGCGAGAUGACUCUCCCCUCACAAUCUUCCAACCCUCCUUCCCUACCUUCAGCAUCGACUUCUGCGAAAGAUUUAACUGACUUACAACAACCGGAAAGUCCUUACGAUAUGUUAGCUCGAUUAUUUUGGAUUGGUGUCUCCUUACUUGAAUCGGAUUACGAACAUGAGUUUCUAUUGGCUAUUAAAUUAUUAGACAAGAUUCUUCACACUUUGAAUCUCAGAACUUCUGCUGGAAUUGAUCGUGUGGAAAGGGUUUUAAAUAAGUUAAAUUGGAACAACUUUCCUGGUGUACAAAGCCUGCUUCUCAAGGGCUUAACAUCAUCAGGUACUGCUGAGCAAACACUUGGGCUGCUAUCACAGUUAACAAUCCUAACAUCUGUCACUGUCAUCGAUCCAACGCCUUCUUCAGGUUUGUCCAUGAACGUUAUCGCUAUCCUGCCUCGUCUAAUUCUUGGAUUUGAAGAACCCGACGAGUUUUGUAAAAAAGCUGCUACAAAUAUUUUGCAGGCUUGUGGAAGCAAUGGCAAUCUCCACGAUUUAGGUUUGAUAUUUACCAUGUACCGCGAUAAAGAAUACUCAAAAAGUGUUCAAACUUGGAUCGAAGUUGUGUGCAAAAAUAUCAUUGAUGCUUUCCCACAACUUAGUGCCCAACUUCUAGCUCUCUUAGUCGAGAUUUUAGAACAAGGUCCUCACACUUUCCAACAAGCUGUUCUGAAUAUUAUAUGUGCCAUACUCAAGUAUUCUGAUGCAUCAGCACCAGGUUUGAAGCAAUUUCAUGGUCACCUACUGCGAAUUAUCACAUCACAUGUCAAGGAUGUUAACUUGUGGAAAGAUUCUUUGAACAUUUUGAAAUUAGUCGUCUCCAAUGCCUCACAUAUACAUCAAAUUACUUCAAGCAACGUAGGCAUUACGUCAUCACAAUUAGUACAGCCAAGAGGUUCGAUUGGUUCUUUACUUACACUCGCGCCUAAGCUUCCCUGGGGUAGUAGUCUCACACUGGGAGAUAGUUCAUGGUCGCUAACAUCGCAAAUGUUUAAGAAAGAAUUACCUGGCAAAACUUUAGAGUUUUCUUACAACGUUGCGAACACGCCUGUGAUUGGUGCAAAGUAUAGUCACGACGGUAAAGACGAAUAUGAAAAUGGGACAUCAUCUGCGUCUGCGCCAUGUUGGAGAAAGCCGCAUAGUUCCCAGCGUCGAACAAGAGAAAGACUCGUUCAGUUGCUUCCUCUAUGUGGCCACAAAGGAGGCUUAAAACAAAGUUUGUCAGUGAUAUUUAGCUCAUCCAGUGAACUGGAGGGUGAACGCGCGCUAUCUUCUGAAGACACGUCAGGUGAUGAGCAAUCAGGAGAAAAAGGCGAAGGAGAGUUCUCGGGGCAACAACUAACGAAGAUUUUCACAGAUUUCGAUUUUCUUGAUGACGAAUUGGACAAAGACGUUGAAAUUGGUAGCUUUGGAUGGACAUCCACGACAGAAUUACACGAUGAAGAAUUUGUCGAGAAUGGUCACAUAUCACCAUGCGGGAGUGAAUCUGAUCAAGUGACGUCAACAAAAGACGACGACGCCAGCGCCGACAUUAGUGCCGACGAAGAUGAUCCUGACAGCUUACAAAGAUCUCUGACAGAGUCGUCUCUUCGAUCGUUGAAAGAAGAAGAAAGUGACAUAGUUGACAGUCCACCUAGUUUACCACUUGAUACAACAGACGCAAAACCACCGACCCCUCGUCCCUCAUCACCGGAGAAUGACCCCGAGACUCCUAACAAACGUCCCGCAACACCAAGCAGUCCGAUUACCGUACCGAAGAGUAGCAAGAGCAAAUUAAACACUGAUGAAACUGCUGGUACUUCAACUCCGACAUCUCAAAGCAGUUUUGAUUCAAGCUCCGGGUUGGAAAGUGUUAGUACAGCGGUAACUCAGUUUCAACAUCAACCAGACUUUGCUGUUCUCAGUUAUGAUGAAAUUCCAGACCGUUGGACGAAGUUAAUGUCGUCAUUCAUUAGUCAUCCGUCGGUAGAGGAAGCGAUAGAUUCGCUGCCGUGUUUUCCGCUUGUGUUGAAAUCAUGGAGUAUAUGGCUUUUGAGACUAACUCGAGAAGCUAGCCAAAUUUUAAUCAAUUAUCCGAUAUCUGAUAUUUCUGGCGUUCUAUCGAAACUAGGUACUAUCGAAGAGUCGUUAGAGAAUGAACUACGACUGCCGUAUAUAUUUGUUGACCGUGCUGUUUUUUCGACGGGUAAACUUCUUUUAAAACAUCGUUUGACGGUGUUGAAGCUGAAUGUCGGCUUGCAAGGCUUGCAUGAAAAGAAAGAACAGGCGCAAGAACAUUUAGAUUUAAUACAAGCGACGAAGCACGAGUUUUCGUCGGAAGAAGAAUUGUCGGAAUUAUUUGACGUCGGGAAAACGAAACAAGAUGAUCAAACAGUAAUGGAUUUUUGCACAUGUUUAUAUCGUCUGCAUAUGCAGUAUGUGAUGUGUUUAGAAAUUUAUUUAGCAUACGUGGAAAAAAUUGUCUCUGCUGUUCAAAUUUCUUCCCAGAUAACUGAUGUUACAGUUGACUUGGUGAGUAUACGUAGUGAACUCAUGGCGUCCCAAAAGUCGACCAAUAACCACGAUGACUCAUCUCCCGGACCAGUCAUAAGUUUUCGAGAAACUGCAGACCUCGUUUCUGAUGCUGUCGCAAACAGACAUUUCGAUGAAGCCAUAACGACAUUACGAGCGUACCGACAACGACAUCCAUCGCUGUCUACGUACGAAAUACGACCGGACGAGGAAAUUGAAACGAUAUUAUCCGUGUAUGCGCGAAGUAUACUGAAAUCUCGGUCGGGAGUUUUCGCUUUACUCGGAUCGUACGAACAAUUAAGCGUAACUUGUGAUAAACUUAGCGAACUCUUGGCCGAUUAUUUGACUGUAAUUUAUGACAGAAACAAAAACAGAAAACCCAUGGAGGAGAGUGACAAUGUUGAAGUGAAGACAGAAAGAGACUCUUCUCCAUUAUCUGAAGAAACAGUAUGAUGGGUUCCUAAAUUAAAUCUUCUGGAUAUUUUAUUGUUCAUAUAGUUGUUUUCAUUUCGAAAAAUUUGGUACAACAGAACGCAGACCAAUCGUUGUC